GAAGGAGAAGCUUCUUCCUCCCGGCAACCCCCAGCCAGUGUCGAGUAAUGCUGAAGCACAUCCUGACGGGGCAACCGUCGUCAGCGGGCUCCAGGCAUCACCACAAUGACUAUCAGGCGAGCUCGGGCUCGUUGCACGGCGGACAUCAUCACCACCUUCACUCGGGCAGCCAUCAUCAGGAUCAGCAGCCGCAGCCGCAGCAUCACCACUACAACCAAAGUGGGACGGUACGAGCGGGAAACGGUGGACGCGGUGGCGUCGACGUCUACGACUCGGUCCUGCAUUCGUCGCAGCAACAGAGGCCUGGGAACGUUCAUCAGGCGGCAACCACACCGUCAUCCACGCACAGACACCCGCUGAACCAUUCCCAGCUGAGCGUGAACAAUCUGUCCCAACGGCUGAAUCAUAACCACGCGUUGAACUUGUCUACCCUGUCCACGUCGAAGCAUUCGGUGAACAGCGUCAGUCCUGUCGCUGGCAAUAACAAUAACAACAACAACAACAAUAAUAACAAUGUGUCGACAUUGGGGCACACAGUGAUCGCCCAGGUCCCGUUGCAUCAAGACACCAGGCCGAAAGUGAACGGUGGUUUCGAUAUCUCCAGAUUGUCCAGGCUACCCAGCCAAACGACACCUUCCCCGGCACCUGUUCUUCAAGCUGCGGCCGCAGGUGGACAGUUUACCGGCGGCGGUUCCACCGCGUUCCCCUUGAACGCUUCCUGGUCCUCGUCCCUCUCGAGGAACCACAAGGACCAAGAGGCAGGCGCCAAAGAGACCCUCACCAGUCUCGGGCUUCUCUGUCUAGUGUCUCUUCUGUUGGCGCUGCUCUCGUUGAUCUUCCUGCUGAAGAUCUCCCCGUUAACGGUGACGCCCAGCAGCCUGAUCAGCCCCGAGGAGUACACGAUCGUGUACGACGUGACGCUGGCGCUGUGCGCCCUUGCUCUGUCGCUGAACCUUUGUUGCCUGCUCGUAUGCGCUAUACAGUUCCUCUUCGCCGUGAGGCUCGUCAAGACUUCGUACCAGGGACACUGGAGUAACAAGUACCUGCAAAAAUCGUACAUCAGCCGUGUCUGCGCUGUCGGAGGCUUUUUCAUUAGCAUUCCUGUUUUUUUGACUGGAAUGAUAUUGUACACGUUCAUCCAGUUUCAUUCGACACCGGCCAUCGUCACGUCGGUUUUCAUAGGGCUCGGCAUCGUGUUCUGUGGCUGCGCGAUGGUCCAUAACGUCUUCGUGUGGCAGAGGGAGAAGACGAACGCUGUGAAAGCGUUGGCGCGGGAACAAUGCGAGGCGGCUGUCCAAUUGCAGAGGCAGCAACAGCUACAGCAACAUCAGAACAACCCGUCCCAUCUGCAGCAUCAUCAUCAACAACAACAGCUGCAUCGAGCUUCGUUACCGACGCCACACGCUGGCUGCGCCGCCGCUAAACUCGGUGGCCCUCUGGCCAGCCAAAUGAACAACAGCCACACCGCGGCGGUUGCGCACGGUCGAGCGGCCCAGUAUCAACACUACCAUCACCAUCAUCAUCAUCGACACGUGUCGAUGUCACCGCCCCUGUUGCUCUCGUCCCCGGCACCGAUGACGGCGACGCACAAUCAUUUGAACACCAGCAGCAACAACCAUCAUCGAAACAUUGUCACCCCGCCUGACACACCGGGUGACAGGUCGCCGCCGAGUCCUGGGAACAAGCUGAACAGAUCACAGCAUCUGCCCCGUGAGGCAAGCGGCAGCGUCAGCCCGGGACUUCCGGCGGCCACCUUGGACCUCAGUAGUGCCGCGACCACGAACAGUCCCCAUGAACUCUCCACUUUGGUCUAAGAAUAUAUGGGCCUUGGUAGAGCGAGAUACAUCGAGUAAUAUUCGGAGG